AUGGUGAAGGACACGAAGUUGUACGAUCUUUUGGGCGUGAGCCCCGACGCGAACGAUGCUCAGAUCAAGAAGGCGUACCGUAAGUCUGCACUAAAAUACCACCCGGACAAAAACCCCAGCGAAGAGGCGGCUGACAAGUUCAAGCAGAUCACGGGCGCGUACGAGAUCUUGUCGGAUUCGCAGAAGCGGGAGAUGUACGACCAGUUCGGCGAGGAGGGUCUGAACGGUGGCGGCCAGGGCGGCCCAGGCGGGUUCGGCGGGUUCGGCGGGUUCGGCGAGGACAUUUUCUCGCAGUUCUUCGGCGGGGGUGGCGCAUCGCGGCCCCGCGGGCCUCAGAAGGGCCGCGACAUCCGGCACGACAUCAGCUGCACGUUGGAGAACCUAUACAAGGGCCGCGCGGCCAAGCUAGCUCUGAACAAGACAGUGCUCUGUAAGCGGUGCGAGGGCCGCGGUGGCAAGGCAGGUUCCGUUAAGAAGUGUACGUCGUGUAACGGGCAGGGUGUGAAGUUUGUCACGCGCCACAUGGGCCCCAUGAUCCAGAGGUUCCAGACUACGUGUGAGGUUUGUAACGGUGAGGGGGACGUGAUCCCAGCAGCGGACCGCUGUAAGGACUGUGACGGUAAGAAGAUUGCCAGCGAGAGAAAGAUACUCGAGGUUAACAUCCAGCCUGGUAUGAAGCAUGGCCAGAAGAUUGUGUUCCAGGGGGAGGCUGACCAGCAGCCGGGCCAGAUUCCUGGCGAUGUGGUGUUUGUCGUGAACGAGCAGGAGCAUCCAAGAUUCGUUAGGAACGGCGACAACUUGCACUACGAGGCGGAGAUUGACUUGCUAACUGCUAUUGCCGGUGGCCAGUUUGCAUUGGAGCACGUUUCCGGCGACUGGCUCAAGAUUGACAUCGUUCCUGGUGAGGUGAUUGCCCCUGGCAUGGUUAAGGUUAUUGAGGGUAAGGGUAUGCCUAUCCAGAAGUACGGCUCUUACGGUGACCUAUUGAUAAAGUUUAACGUUAAGUUCCCUAAGUCGCACUUUGCCGACGAGGAGGCUUUGAAGAAGUUGGAAGCCAUCUUGCCUCCAAAGACUCUGCCACGUAUUCCACCUAACGCCGAAGUUGAAGAGUGUGUCUUGGCGGACUUCGAGCCUGCCAAGCAUGACUCUAGAUCUGGAAACGGCCGGGGACAAAGCUAUGAUUCUGACGAAGAAGAAGCACACACCGAAGGCGUCCAGUGUGCCUCGCAAUAA